CUUCAUCUUCGUUUCCUCCCCGUCACUGCUGCGUUCUGCUUAGCGACAUCAACCGAGCCUAGCUUACCGUGUCUAGAUGCCAAAUGAUGCUCAUAGGGUGGUUUUAACUCAACACCACCCGCUAUGUUGCGCUGGUUGUCGGUGCGCUGCUUUUAGGUCUUUGUCCGGUUAAAGAAAGUGAAUCCAGGAAGCUUUAGAAAGAGAACCGAGAGCAGAUCAGACAGACAGGAGGCCACGGUUCUCCCCCAUCUCGCUAACACACACAUACACGCACACACCACUCCGGCCUUGAUGGUGAUGUAUGCAAGGAAACCAACAAGAGUCAGUGAUGGGUGCACCGACAGAAGGGAUUCCCAGUCCUAUCAGACCCAUAAAUCUCAGCCAAAGAGCCAGACUAGCAGCCUUUACCGUUACGACAAAGUGCGUGAUGGCUCAUCUGAGUCCACACCCCCUUAUAAGAUGCUGCGGCGCUCAGAUGAAAGUCCUGUCAGCAAACAUGGAGAUGGCACGGGACAUAGCAAAACAAAAAUGUCCCACACACUUCGAGCUAAAAAUGGGACCAGCGAAUCGCCCCAUGAGAACUCCCAAAACAGCAGCUUCCAACAUGGCGCAGACUCGCAUUCGGCUCAGACCAAGCCUGCAGAUCGAGACCCAGCAGAUGACUGGACAGAACACAUCAGCUCUUCUGGGAAAAAGUACUACUACAACUGUAGAACUGAGGUCUCCCAGUGGGAGAAGCCCAGGGACCUGUUGGAGAGAGAACAACGGCAGAAAGACCCAGCCAAGUUGGCGGCAAACAGUUUCCCCAGAGACAUGGACUACAGACAAGAGGCCUUGCAGGACAAAGCUACAAAGAUCACUUCAGGGGAUCAAUCCAAUGCACCCAAUUCCGGCCCCAUGUCUUCUUCCUCUCAGACUCUGAACCCAUCCUCCACCACAACUACCACACCCUCGUCCUCUUCUUCCUCCUCUUUCGGGCAGUUAAGUCAAAGUGGCCAGUCGUCAUCGCCUGCGCUGCUUCAGGACCCAGCCAUCCUGCGCCAACUCCUGCCUGCACUUCAAGCUACUCUGCAGAUGAACAACGGCGGGAUGGACAUGGCCAAGCUCAACGAGGUCUUGGCAGCUGCUGUCACCCAAGCUUCCUUGCGGUCUGUGCUUCAUAAGCUCCUCAGUGCUGGACCCGCUUUCAACAUCACUGCUCUGCUCUCAGCUGCUCAGCACGCCAACCAAGCCCAGCACUCCAGUCAGUCCCCCGCAUCUCUCACGUCAGACGCCUCGUCACCACGACCUUACGUGUCACCACGGAAUGGCACACCGCAGAGCAACCAGAAAAACCUUCUCAGUGUUCACCCGAGCAACGUUGCAUCCUUGCAGACAAGGGGCAAUACAUCUUCAGCUAAACAAGGCUCCGCCCCUCCGGGUCAGACUAUGGAGAAGCGUCCUGAAGACCCCCGGACUCUCCAGCAAAGAAGCCAGGAGAUUCUUUCCACCGGAUCAAUCGGAUCUGGUGCAACGUCUCAUGCCACUUCCAGCACCACCAGUCAAAGUCAAUCUGACGUUCCCAUGACCUUCACCCCCUCCCUGGCAGCUCAUUUUGAUGAGAAUCUCAUCAAACAUAUCCAAGGGUGGCCUUCAGAGAACACUGAAAAACAGGCGGCCCGGCUGCGUGAGGACAUCCACAACAUGGGCAGCCUGUACAUGUCGGAGCUGUGCACGGAGAUGAAAAACCUUCGUUCCCUGGUCAGAGUCAGUGAAAUUCAGGCCACACUGAGGGAACAAAGAAUCCUGUUUCUGAGGCAGCAGAGCAAAGAGCUGGACAAGCUGAAGAACCAGAACUCUUACAUGGUGUGAACGAACGAACGAAGCUUACAAUGGCUAUAAACAGCCGACCUGAUGAGUGCAGCUCUUCUUAUCUGUUUAUUUCCCCCGUAAGAGCAAUUGAGAGAGGCAGCAGCCUUCCAAUGGUGAGAUUUACCAUCCUCAAUAUGUCUGCCCCCAAACCCCCCCCCCAAAAUCUCCAUGUGAGUUGCUCUCAUUGAAAGGUGAAACAAUGGCUCACCAAGCUGGACAUAGAGGACCACAAACUCUUUUCAGACAGCACCUUCUCGGAUCACGUUUAGAGUCCGAAGUUUAUUUUCAGAUGUGUUUACAUGUCUCCUGGUCAGGAAAACAGGUUAGAUUUUUUUUGUUUCCCUUUUGAAAAACUAUAGCAUUAUUUGCGUCUAAUGAUUCAUGGUAUUAACUGUCACAUCCGCCUUCCAAGCCUCUCACACGGACUUUGGCUAAAUAUGGUGGUUAAAUAGAUCCAAUAAGUCGUGCAUCUGAAAUUUAUGAACUCAUUGGCAGUGAUGUUGCUCCCACCCCAAGUAAUAAAAGAAGCUGAUUCUCAUGUCAUGAGAGAAACCCAACAUUUCUAUAAUUCCAAGUGUUGAUAUUCCAAUUUAUGGAAAUUUAUCCUGUUCCAGUAACAGCACUGCACUGCUAAGUCACAAUAAGUGAGCUCCAGACUCCAGAUGUUUGAAAGCGAUUUUUGGGUGGUUUAUGGGGGCGGUACGUUAUUGGACCUAUGACUGAUUUUAGUAUGAAGAGGUCAAUUUAAUCCGAUUCCUUGAUCAGUUAUGCUUUAUCAUUUUUUUCAAUAACUGUCAAACUUUUGUUUCCCCCUCAUAUCCAGAUUGGGGAGGAAUAUUUCAUUCCUUUUGUGCUGUGUAGCAAGUGAGUGUAAAAUAGUUAAAUGACUGAAUUAACAGUCAUGUAAAUUAUUGAUGAUUGCGUUUGUGCUUGUCUUACUGCAAAACCUAGUUGAAAAUGUUUUUUUUUUUUCAUUUAUUAAAUUUGAAAUUGA